AGGGGACGCUCAUACAGGCUCAUCGUCUUCAGUGCUAGUGAAGUUAGUCAUACACAGAAAAGGUACUAGUCUGCGGCGCAAACAAUCAUUCACCAGAUAUUUUGUUAAAGCUUAAUAAAACUAAUUCAGAUCACACAUUAAAACUACAUGGGGGUUUUAUAUUCUGUCACCGACCAAUUAUCUGUCAUUAAAUCCUCACCCAUCCCCAAUUUCUUUUUCAAAUAUAAAAAUUCAAAAUUUGGUCUCAAAAUUUCAACCAACUGUUUCCCGCGCGAACACUCUCCACUCGACCUAGCCACCGCCAUAAUUGAAAAAAGACGGGGCUAAAGUUUACCACGUGGAAACCACGUGGGUCUAUUUUAACCGUCCUAAACGUUACACGUCAGCCACGACCGCUCAUACUUAGCUGUAACCCAUCAUACUUACUGACCCGACCCGAUCCGGCUGUAACGGCUCGCUCCCCGCCCCUUCGAGUUCGAGUCUUUGAACCGUAUUCUUACAUUUAAAUUAUUUAUUAUUUAUAUAUUUACACUCAGUGAGCGUUGUUCUUCCAACUUCAGUAGCUCAAGCUUUUCAUAUAUAUAAAUUCCUUGAACGGAUCGGACCGUUGAAAAUGGAGGAGUACGAGAGAUCUGAUACGAAUACGAUGGAGGGAGAAGAUUGUACGACGCCGAAGCGGAGGGAGUGCCGUAUUCCGGAGACUUUCGUAUGUCCACCGCCGCCGAAGAAGAAAUCGAUGAGUGGAACCAAACGACAACCGCCUAAGAACGGGUAUUUUCAUCCACCGGAUCUCGAUUCUCUUUUCGUAAUUCCUUCUAGAGGCCAAGCCUGUGCUUAGUUAAUAGUAGUUAGCCUCCUUUUUUCAGUAGAAUUUGUUUCAAUUUCAGUUUUUAGAUUUUUGUUUUUCGUUGGUGAAUGUAAAUAUAUGAACUUCUAGUGUCGUUUAGAGUGUUCAAUAAUUAAUUCACCCCAUAACUGUUAAAAUUAUAUAUAAUUCUUUGUAUAAUUUUAUCGUUUGGUGUAUCUGCAUUUUGAAGCUAAAUAAUAAGUCUGAAACUUGAAUUUUCUUCGGGUCA